AUGAAUAAUCAGCUGGAAAAUGUUGAAAAAGAAAAGGGAGUUGCAGACGGGUCUCUAUCAGGUGACAAGGAGCAAAAGAAGGUGGAAGGUAUUCGCCAAGGCGACCCCCUCUCAUCAUACAUAUUUGUCCUUGUCAUGGAGAAGCUUGGACACAACAUUCUUCAGAAAGUUGCUCCAGGCUCUUGGAAGCCUUUUCAACAUGAUCUCAUACUCUAUAGCAAAGCUGACCUUGAUCAAGCUCGCAUCGUUGUUUCGACCUUGUCCGAGUUUGGGCAUUUUUCUGGUCAUCGAGUCAGCUCCAGGAAGACUCGUAUCUAUUUUUCUCCCAAUACUAGUGAAGAGCAACAACUCGCAAUCUGUGCUUUUCUUGGCUAUCACCAAGUUGACAAUAUGGGAAAAUAUUUGGGAGUACCGAUUUUUCACGGUUGUACCCAUCAUGCCCAUAAUGACUUUAUCUUAGACAAAAUGCGGGCACGAUUAAAUGGUUGGGCCGCUCGCACCCUUUCCAUGGUAGGACGCAUUACCCUUGCCAAUCGAUGUAACGGAGAAUCUCUCUCGUCAACUGAGAAUCUCUCCUUCCAUAGAACUUACGACCACAACACCGCUUUUAUUUGGAAACUUGGUUACGCACUGAUUACUCGCCCUAAUGCCUUUUGGGUCCAAGCUAUUAGACAGAAAUACCGUAUGACGGAUCAUUGUCCAAGCUCGAUAUCUAUGUCAUGUUGCUCCCCUCUUUGUAGAGCUUUGACUCAAACUUGGAACAUCUUUCGUUCGAAUAUCUUAUGGCUGCCUGGAAAUGGAAAUACUGUGCACUUAUGGGAUGAUUGUUGGAUCCCUACUAUGGGACCUUUGUGUCAUUACUUGUCUCCUUCCCAAGUAAAUACACCCACUGGUUUUGCUGACCUCAUCGACCAAGAUGGGAACUGGAACAGUGACAAGCUUGCUCAACUUUUGAACCUGCCAUUGUUGACCGUUGAAGGUACUUUGGGUACCGUUGAUACGAAAUGGAAAGCUAUCUGGACCACUCCACUCCCUCAGCGCAUCUGUUUGUUUCUAUGGCUUAUCCUUAAAGAGCGUAUCUUGACAAAUAAAGAAAUAUACCGCCGUGGCUCUCCAUAA